AAAAAGGAAGUGAUUUUAUUGGGGGAAAGGGCUCUCCGACCAAAGCCAAAUGGUGAGUGUGUGAGGUUAAAACUGAAAAAAGAAGAAUCUCAAAUUCCAACUACAUUCCACAGGGAAGCCAAAGUGGCCUUCACUUGCCAUUAAAAAACUCUUUAAAUUUCUUUCUUCUUAAAAUACCAAAAUCAUCUAACCUUCAACAUCUAAAUCCUUAAGUUAAACUCUUUGAGUUUUAGAUCAAGACAAAGCUUAGAUCUUUUCUUUUUUUUUUUUUUUUUUUGACACAAACGAGGUAACAUAGAAGAAAGAAAUGGUUUGUGGGUAGAGAGAGUGUGAGAUUUGUUGAGAUAAGAACAUAGAGAAAAAGAAGAGAUGCAUGGUUGAAGAAGAAGAAGAGGAAAGACUCAUUUUUUCACUUUCAUUUUCAGACAAGAAGAGUAGUUGAAGAAAUGGGUUGUUGUCAGUCAAGGAUAGAUAGCAAAGAGAUAGUGUCUCGUUGCAAAGCAAGGAAGAGGUACUUGAAACAGCUUGUCAAAGCUAGACAAACUCUCUCUGUCUCUCACGCGCUUUAUCUCCGUUCUCUACGCGCCGUCGGCUCUUCCCUUGUUCACUUCUCUUCCAAAGAAACUCCUCUUCACCUCCACAACCAUCCUCCAUCUCCAUCUCCUCCUCCUCCACCUCCGCCGCGUCCUCCUCCUCCUCCUCUUAGCCCUGGUUCAGAAACCACUACUUGGACCUCCACCACCAAUUCAUCCGCUCUCCCUCCUCCUCCUCCGCCGCCGCCUCCACCUCCUCCUCCUCCGCCUUCUUCUACAUGGGACUUCUGGGAUCCGUUUAUACCGCCGCCUCCUUCUUCCUCAGAGGAAGAGUGGGAGGAAGACACAACCACCACCACCGCAACAAGAACCGCGACAGGAACCGGAACUGGUUCUGACGCUGCUGUCACGACUGCUCCGACGACAGCUACUCCUCAAGCUUCGUCUGUAGUGAGUGGGUUCUCUAAAGAUACAAUGACAACGACGACGACGGGAAGUGAGUUAGCAGUUGUGGUGUCGAGGAAUGGUAAAGAUCUAAUGGAGAUUAUUAAAGAAGUCGAUGAGUAUUUCCUUAAAGCUGCAGAUUCUGGUGCUUCUCUCUCUUCUCUCCUUGAAAUCUCAACCUCCAUCACUGCCUUUUCUGGUCUUACCAAACCAGGUGAACAAUCAAGCUCUUGUCUUCUUCACGAUUACUUAAGGUGGCUGAGUGAUUUUGAUUUGUGUGUGUCUCCAGGGAAAAUGUACAGUAACUACGAAUGCAAUUUGAAUCCGACGUCGUUUUGGACAAGGGGGUUUGCUCCUAAGUUAAACGAAUACAGAACCGCAGGAGUAGUAGUUGGAGGAAACUGCAUUGUUGGUAGCCAUUCCUCUACAGUGGACAGACUCUAUGCUUGGGAGAAGAAACUUUUUCAAGAGGUCAAGAAUGCAGAGAGCAUAAAGAUGGAGCAUGAGAAGAAAUUGGAGCAAGUGAGGAGGCUUGAGAUGAAGAGAGCUGAGUAUCUCAAGACUGAGAAGGCUAAGAAAGACGUUGAGAAGUUAGAAUCUCAACUCUCAGUUUCUUCACAAGCCAUCCAAAGCGCUUCUAACGAGAUCAUCAAGCUCAGAGAGACCGAGCUUUAUCCUCAGCUCGUCGAGCUUGUUAAAGGGCUAAUGUGUAUGUGGAGGAGUAUGUACGAGAGCCACCAGGUUCAAACUCAUAUUGUUCAGCAGCUUAAGUACCUCAACACCAUUCCAUCCACUGAACCUACAUCCGAGCUUCACAGACAAUCAACUCUUCAGCUUGAGCUCGAGAUCCAACAAUGGCAUCAUUCUUUCUGCAAUUUAGUCAAGGCUCAGCGUGACUACAUCCAAUCUCUCACGGGUUGGCUCAGGUUAAGUUUGUUCCAGUUCAGCAAGAACCCACUUGUUAAGAGUAGCUACGAGUCAAAGAUCUACAGCUUCUGUGAGGAAUGGCAUUUGGCUAUCGAUCGUAUCCCUGAUAAAGUAGCAUCUGAAGGGAUCAAGAGCUUUCUAACUGCAGUCCAUGGAAUUGUGGCUCAACAGGCCGACGAGCAUAAGCAGAAGAAGAGAACAGAAGCUAUGUUAAAAGAUUUUGAGAAGAAAUCAGCUGCGCUGAGAGCGCUCGAAAGUAAGUAUAGUCCAUAUUCAGUGCCUGAGAGCAGGAAAACGAACCCUGUCGUAGAGAAGAGAGUAAAGGUUGAGAUGCUAAAAGGAAAGGCAGAAGAAGAGAAGAGUAAGCAUGAGAAGUCAGUGAGCGUGACUAGAGCCAUGACUCUAAAUAACUUGCAGAUGGGAUUCCCUCAUGUGUUUCAGGCAAUGGUUGGGUUUUCAAGUGUGUGUAUGCAAGCCUUUGAGUCUGUGUACAAUGAAGCUAAGAGCAUCGGUGAGGAUCAAGAGGAGGUCAAGAGGUUGCUCCCUUAGAGAAUAACAAAUCUAACAAAUUGUUUUACCAUUUGCUCUCUGUUUUUGUUUGUUCCAAACCAACCUUUUGGUAAAAUGUUAGGUUGAGUUUAUGCUAUUUAUUAUCUUUUUGAAAUUGGUUAGAAGACUUUUCAUUGAACCA